AAGAACAAGAAAUCCGAGAAAUUCAACCCGGUCAAUGGCGUGACAAAGGUGAAAAAAUAUAUGGACCAGUUACCGAUAUUGUAUACUGGCCAAAGAAUAGACAUUGGGAAUCGAUCAAAAAUAUUCCUGAAAGUACAGCACCCUCGAUUCAUGAUCCUAUUACAAGAUGUCGGAAAUCAUAUCUUAAUGGAGGAGGUGGUUCAGGAAAAACAACGCGUGCAAUUCGAAUUUUCAAAAAUAUAAACAUGGUUGUAUUUACUCAUACAAAUGCAUUAGCUAAAGAUUUUCGAGAAAAACGUGAUGUAAAAGCUCAAACCUGGCAUAGUUUCUUCAGAUGGAAUGGAGUGGGAGAGUGGACACCUGAACGCAUGGGAGAGAAAAAAUUUCCACGAGUUGUUAUUUGGGAUGAG